AUGCAGCGGCCCUUAGCAGCCAGCAACUACGCGGCGUCCCUCAAGGACCUAUCGCGCUUCGAAGAAGUCAAGUCGGUGCUGCGCAAAACGAUGCCCGUGGCGCGGCGCGUCCUCGGAGACGGUCAUGACAUCACGCUCAGGAUGAGGGGGUGUUACGGGGAGACGCUCUACACGGACAACGGCGCCACGCUCGACGAUCUCCGCGAGGCAGUGACGACGCUCGAGGAGAUAGAACGGAUCGCGCGGCGCGUGCUCGGCGGCGCGCAUCCGCUCACAGUGGAUAUUGAGGGCGAUUUGCAAGGCGCGCGAGCCGUGCUCCGCGCCCGCGAACGACUGGCUAGCCCGAGUGCGUAA